CCACAAUUCCUUGCGGGGAGCAAAACCGGUAGCCGUUCAUCUAUGCCCGGUAGCGCCUUCAGAAAACCAUAGACAGUAUAUAAACACAUUACCGAGCCCGGAACUGUUUAUAACCAACUCACCCUGCAGCAGCACAGCAACUCAGCUCAUGGAGCGCGUCAUGGGAGGUGGAGUGCUUCCGCUUGUUUUAGCAAGUGCAGGGAUCUUGCUGCUUUAUCGGAUAAUUGUACGCCUCAGACCAGGAGCUGCUCUGCAGGAUGCUGUGGUGGUCAUCACAGGGGCCAGCUCUGGACUGGGGAAAGAGUGUGCUCAGGUCUUUCACGCAGCAGGCGCACGGCUCGUGCUGUGUGGACGAGAUGCAGCCCGCCUGCAGCAGGUGGUCCAGGAGCUCACAGCAAGUUUAACAGGCUCAGGGCGGCAGACGUACACUCCCUGCACCGUUAUCUUCGAUCUGGCUGACACAGACACAGUGGACAGAGCUGCAGAGGAGAUCCUGAAAUGUUACGGACAAGUGGAUGUCCUGAUCAACAAUGCUGGAAUCAGUUACCGCGGCAACAUACUGGAUACACACCUUUCAGUUCAGCGGGACGUUAUGGAAACAAAUUACUUUGGGCCCAUUGCGCUUACUCAAGCUCUCCUGCCCUCAAUGGUUCAUCGGCGCAGUGGCCACAUCGUUGUCAUUAGCAGUGUCCAGGGCAAGAUCGCCAUUCCUUACAGAUCAGCUUAUGCAGCCUCUAAGCACGCGACCCAGGCCUACUUUGACUGCUUACGGGCCGAGAUUGAGCGCUACGGGAUUCCAGUGACCGUGAUCAGUCCAGGGUACAUCCGAACCAGCCUGUCGGUCAACGCUGUCACAGGUGACGGCUCUAAGUAUGGAGUUUUGGAUAAAACCACAGAAAUGGGUCGGGACCCCAGGGAUGUGGCUCAGGCAGUUCUGAAGGCUGUCCGUCAGAAGAGCAAAGAUGUUGUUUUGGCAGGACCUCUGCCCAAUCUGGCCAUUUACCUCCGCACACUGUGGCCCGCACUCUUCUUCAAACUAAUGUCCUCUCGCGCUCGCAAGGAGCAGAAACCAAAAGACGAGUGAUGACGGCAGCAUGUGAGGACCACAAGGCUCACGGGGCACAUUAGAGGCACAUGGACCGAAAUAUGAAAGUGACUACUUUGCAUGGAGGACAGGAGGUGGGAACAGAUGCAGCUCUUCAGUAACACAAAACAAACCAGAAAACCUUUUUGUUGUAACAGGAUCUAUGGUGAGUGUAUUUUAUGUUUUUGACUUACAUCUGUGAUUGACCAGGUUAGCAAGGUGUGCUGUUCAGCUAUUUCAGACAUUAACAAGACUCAAGGCUGUGCUGGAAAGACGUGAGCAUGUGAUGCUGUUUUUCAGAUUGACUCACAUGGAUUUGGUUAACAAAUAAAAUGCUUAAACUGUUAUCUAUUUA